AUGCAGAAUUACACGAGCAGCAACACAACUGUCACUGGUUAUCUGUCCAGGCCUUUGAAUGAGAAGAUUCUGCUUGUGCAGGUACUGGUGGGGAUUUUCCUUUAUGUCAACUCUCUCAUGAUCUUCACUUUCCUGAAGAAGGAGGCCUUCAGGACCGACACGCGUUACGUCCUCUUUGCUCAGACGCUCUUCAUGGACUCCUUCCUCAUGUUGCUGACUGACUUGGCACUCAUCGGUCAAUACUUCCAGGUUCCAAUCCCCUGGGUUCCCUGCUGUGUUUUGUGCGUUAUCAUGGGCUGGCUUAGCGUCGGUACCCCUCUGACACUUGUUGCCAUGUGUCUGGAGCGCUACGUGGCCAUCUGCAUGCCUCUACGGCACGCCGACAUUUCAAGCCCCAACAAUCGACGCAGAGGCCUAGUGGUCAUAUGGGCGGUCAGCAUGCUGAUACCGAUGUUCACGCUUGUGUCGUUCCUCUCGCUGGCGCCGCCCGCCUUUCUGCUCACAUACGUGGUGUGCAGCAUAGAAAUGAUGCAGCUGCGGACAUGGGUGAGCACUGCGCGCCAAACCCUCUUACUGGUCUACUUUGCGCUCAUGUGCUCUGCCAUCGUCUUCACCUACAUUGCUAUCCUGAGGGCAGCACGGACUGCGUCCUCCGACAGCAAGAAGUCCACACAUAAGGGACUGAGGACAGUGAUACUGCACACUUUCCAGCUGCUGCUGUGUCUGAGUCAGUUUGUGUGCCCCUUUGUGGAGAUGGCCAUAUUGAGGAUUGACUUUAUGUUGUUUAUUAAUGUCAGAUACUCCAAUUUUAUCGUGUUCUACAUUGCCCUGCGCUGUCUCAGCCCACUCAUAUAUGGCCUAAGAGACGAGAAGUUUUAUGUCGUUCUCAAACGAUAUGCUUCUUUUGCAAUAGCAACUAGCUCCUGA